AUGGGGUCUGUCUUGUUUGUUUCAUUUGGGAGCGGUGGUGCCCUCUCAAGGGAGCAGUUGAAUGAAUUGGCGUCAGGCCUAGAACUUAGUAAGCAAAGAUUCUUAUGGGUUGUUAGGAGCCCAAAUGCCACCAACUUCGAUACCCAAAGCAUUGAAGACCCUUUGGUUUUCUUGUCAGAGGGUUUCUUGGAGAGGACCAAAGGAAGGGGUUUGGUGAUACCAUUAUGGGCUCCUCAGAUACAAGUACUUAGCCAUGUCUCUACCGGUGGGUUCCUUACCCACUGUGGUUGGAAUUCAACUUUAGAGAGCAUGGUGCAUGGGGUACCAUUGAUUGCAUGGCCACUCCAUGCAGAGCAAAAGAUGAGUGCAGUGAUGCAGGUGGAGGAUUUGGAGGAAGCUUCGAGGCCUAAAGCUGCGAAGAACAGGAUAGUGGGGAGAGCGGAGAUUGCUAAAGUGGUGAAGUGCUUAAUCGUAGGAGAAGAAGGGAGGAGAAUACGGAAGAGGAAGAGAAAGCUCAAGGAUGUAGCUACUAAGGUGUUAAGUGAAGAAUGGUCCUCUAGAAAGUCAUUCUCAGAAGUACCAUGCAAAUGGAAGUCUCAUGUGGGGAUGCCAAAAUAA